GAGUAUGAAGGUGAACGCAAUUCAGCAGGUGAGCGUCACGGACGUGGAAAAGCAAUUCUACCCAAUCGUGACACAUACGAUGGAGAAUACAAACAUGGUGUCAGAAGUGGACAGGGGACUUACAGAUUUAAAAAUGGCGCUCGCUACAUUGGAGAAUACCUUCAAAACAAAAAGCACGGUCGGGGCAUUUUUUUUUAUCCAGAUGGAUCAAAAUAUGAAGGAGACUGGGUGAAUGACCAGAGGCAUGGCUAUGGAAAGUAUACGUACGCAAAUGGAGACAUCUAUGCUGGAGAAUGGUUUAACCACAAUAGGCAUGGACAAGGUAUAUAUAUCUAUAAAGACACAGGAUCUAAGUAUGUUGGUGGUUGGGUAAAUGGAAACCAGGAAGGAGAAGCUGAAAUUGUCCACCUAAACCAUACAUUUAAGGGCAAGUUUUUGGCUGGAAAACCUGUAGGUCGUGGCAAAUAUGUCUUUGAUAUUGGAUGUGAACAGCAUGGUGAAUACAUACAAUCACAGCAGGAUAAAGUAGAGGAAGAAGAGGAGGAGGAAUCCUCAUUACUUGUUGCACCAAAAUGGAAAGCAUCAAAAAUUACCAAACUAAGACGCUGGACUCCACAUGGGGAAAGCCCCCCUUCUCCCAGAGAAGCCUCCAAAGGGGCAGCAGCGACAGAAGCAGUGGAAGAAAGCACAGAAGCAGCAGUAACUGAAGAGGAGAAAAUGCCUUCAUUCGCAGUCACUGAUGAGUCUGCUGAGGUUAAGGUUGAUGAGCCUUCUCCUUAUGAAUUAUCCAGUGAAGUUUUUAGCCUAGCAGGGGAUGCAGGAGAGGAAGAUGAAGGAAUCAGAGAGGAAGAUGAAGGAAUCAGAGAGGAAGAAGAAAACAAAGAUCAGGAGGAUCAAGUGAACUGUCUGCACACCUCCUUCUGCUGGUCCUUGGAUACUCAACACCUGGACCACUACACACCUCCCAGAGGGGAUGACCUCAUCACCCACGGUACCAGUGAGACACCUGGACACAGCAUCCCCAUGCCCGAUCCCUGUCUAGGUAGUCACUGCUGA